CCGUGAGAUACUGUUUCUAAUAUAAACAAAACACUCCUAACACAAAAACUGAACUGCAAGACAGAAUUGAUUUUGAAGAGGAUCUAACUGAUGAACAAUAUCUAAUAUGCCACCACAACUGAAUAAAAGCCACAAGGUAAGGAAAGUGGCUAGCAGGGUAUUCUUUUGGGAAUCAACUGAAACAAACAGCUUCUGGAAUCGAAGCAACAUGAUCGGUCCUUUCAUAGAGCCAGCAGUAGACAAUGUGGAAGAAAUUGGAGAAGACAUUCCUGCUAUUGAGAUAGAUUCUAUCAACAUUUAUGAAUGGCCUGAGAUAGACUUUACUAAAUUUGGGAAGAAUGGUAUCUACACCAAGGCAGACUGUACCAUGGAGACUAUCUUAAGAAUGUCACCAGUGUACGACCCCACAUUCUCAAAUCCCCCAAAAAGGUCACUCCUGGAGAGAGCAGUACACAGAUUAGGAAAAAGGGCAAGAGAGGCAAAAUAUGCAAUCAGUAGUACCGCAAUUAGGAAACCAAAGAAUGAGAACAACCAGAAAGAAGACAGCUGCAAAGGAACAAAUAAAAAGUCUGAAUUCAGCUCAUUCUAACUGCAACUAGCAGACAUUCAUGAGAGUUAUGAACUGUGGUUCAAUAGCAAGUUAACAACUGCGAUAUAACAACAUGUCAGAAUUGAAGACCCUGUUCCAUAGCUGUGUCUGCUCCAUGUAGAAGAAGUGCUUGAUGAUAAACUGAUGAUAAAGACAAUUGCUACGGCUUGUAUUUUUUCUUUUGUAUGUUAUAAUGUUGUAUAUAUUGUAAAUAAAUUGUAAAUAU